AUGAAAAGUUCUCGAUGGCUACAGAUUCCGUUCCUUGGCGGGACUGGCAGGAAAGUCCGUAAUGGACUGAAUCCUCGAGAUGUGCAGUCAAAGAAGAAGGACCACGAUGAGCAUGCGGGCCGGGUGGUUGGUGGUACAUUGUCAAGCAGUGGUCCUCUCACCGAGGAGCAGAGCCAUGGGACCAAUCUGAGCGAGCAGAAGACUGAAGGCGAUGGCAAUUUCACCGAGGAAGAAACUCGCGUUCGAUUCGCCAAGAAUGAUGCCGAAGAUAUUGUACAAGACUAUAAUGCUCCCAUCCGGUGGUGGGUAGUUGCAACACUGUUCCCACUAGUUGCAGGCACCUUCGGACCAAUGGCCUCAGCCUUCAACAUCUGCGCCGUCGCCGUCCCAUGGCGAGUCAUCGUCUCUCCGAUUUCUACCCAAGCAGAAGGUCCUCAUAUCCCGGACCCCAACUGGCUGAUAGGGAUUAAUGCUCUAUCCAUUGCUAUCGCCAUUACAGCCAAUCUUGCUCUCAUGUCGCACAUGACCAAACACGUACGAUUCAACGUCUCGGCGCCCAUUACGAUAAUCGGCUGGUUCAUCUCCGGCGUGAUCGAUAUUGCGAUUGUGGCUGCGGCGCCUGCUCAUGUGCCAUUGCCAACGACUGGCUACGGCACUGCGACAUGGUCGCAGGCUUAUUACUAUGCUAUCUUCUCCGGUUUCAUAUAUAUCUCGUUGUCCUUCAUGCUCGCUUUUACAGCAUACUCGUUAUGGCACAAGCAAAUAAGUGGUUCAUUUAAGCUUACUUUAGCUCAGCGUAGCUUGAUGGUCCAUACGACGUUGUUCAUGGGAUAUAUACUGGGUACAGCAGCGAUAUAUCGUCAAAUCGAAGGCUGGCUCUACUUGGACUGUGUGUACUUUGCAGUUGUGACGCUCUUUACCAUUGGCUUUGGAGAUUUCGCGCCUGAAACAACCGUAGGUAGAGGUUUGUUUCUACCUUUUGCUCUGGGCGGGAUCGUCUUUGUGGGUCUGAUCAUUGCAAAUAUUCGUGGUCUUGUGCUAGAGAGUGCAUCCCUGAAGGUCUCUACGAGACUCGUCGAGAAGGCAAGAACCCAGGCUAUUAAGCGUGGUGAUCCCGAGAACGGUGUGCUGAAAAUCCGUGGCUACAAGCGGCGAAACCUGAUAGCAUCCACUGAGCUAGAGUCACGCCAGAGAGAGUUCAAUGCCAUGAGGGAGGUGCAGAAGGUCGCUGCACGGAACGACAAGGCACUCGCCCUUCUGAGAGCCACGACCGCUUUCCUGAUGUUGUGGUUCGUGGGCGCAGUGUGUCUCUGGGAAGCCGAGGCGUCGACUGGUGGCGAUAAUUGGACAUAUUUCGAGACCAUCUACUUCACAUACGUUGCCCAGAUAACCGUCGGCUAUGGUGACUUUCACCCGCAGACAAAUUCAACCAAGCCAGCUUUUGUUUUCUGGGCAUUGCUUGCUCUUCCAACCCUUACAGUGCUGAUUGGUGCUGUCGGAGACGCCGUCACAGAUGCUGUAAACUGGUUCAGCCUAUGGAUACCAAAGAUCGCUCCGAAGAUCACCUACCUGGCUCGAAAGAUCGCUCAACGACCUGCCAAAGUCCAGGAGUGUAUCAGAGAGGCCUCUGAGGACCAGACGACGACAAACGUGGGUGCGUUCCAAGACAUCGCAGAUAGCGAAAAAGGUGACAUGGGUUCGGACGACGCCGAGAAGAACGCUUUCGGCGAUAUGAGCUCGGGAUCUUCGAACAAAGCAUACCGCUCGUAUAUCAUAGCUCGAGCUGCUCAGAAGGUCAUGGAGCAUGUCGAUGAACGACCACCACGGAAGUACACCUACACAGAAUGGACGUGGCUUCUCAAAUUACUGGGCGAAGAUGAGGCAGACGAGUCAGGCCACCGCAGGGUCGGUCUGUCCACCGGCAAGGGAAUAGAAGUAGGACUUCCUCCACUUCAAGGCAAGCACCAGCAAUGGUCAUGGAUGGGACAAGAGUCGCCCUUGAUGGAUCUGAAGGAUGGCAGCGAGCCGAAAUGGGUACUGAAGAGGCUCUUGAAGGUAUUGGAGCACAAUGCGAAGAAGCAAGGUGAUGAGAGUGCUGGCAGUCGGACAAACCAAGGUUACGCAUCUCACCGAGACAGUGAUGCUGUGUUGCCCAUGCCUGGGAGAUUCCCGCGUGUUGGUACCAUCAAUGGAUCCGAGCCAUCAUCAGGCAAAGGGUAG